GCGAGGCCGCCGCUCCUCUCCCCCUGGGCACGGCCGACCCCCGCCGCAUCCCCUCGCAGGUAUGGGGAGGCGCCGAACCGGGCCGCCGCCCGGCUAUGCUGGGCCUGCGGGACCGCACGGGAGCCGGGGGGAGGGCGGAGGGUCGGCGGCCCCGGCGGUGGCGCGGAGAGAUGGGGAAGGGGCUGCCCGCCGCCGCCGCUCCGUUCGGCGUGGGGGUCUUCGGGCCCCGCGCUCCUCCCCGUGAGCUUCUCCGGGCUGGGGGAGCCGCUCUGUGCCCGCCUCUGCGCCCUCCUGGGGCCGCCCCGCACCCACAGCCCGCUGAGCGGGGAGGGCGGCGGGGGGUUUGGCAAUCUUUCUUCUAUCUGUGGGGAUGAUUAUUAUUUUUCUAUGGGCUGACAGGAGUUAUUCCCCCUCCUCCCCCCCCACCUCCCUCUGCUCCCAGCUUUGCAUAACUCUCCUGCUGUCCCUUUCUCCCUGCACUUUGCCCUCAGCCUGGUGGUCUGUAGCAUGAUGGAGUCAAAUUGUGAAGGACUCUUUUUUUUUUUUUUUUUUUUUUUUUUUAGUGAAAAAGCUGUAUCGCAGACAAGCAGGCUGCCUAACGUUAUAUAUUCUUACAUACCUAUAUCCCUUUUUUUUUUUUUCCCCUCACAGUGCUGCAGUAGAGCUCAGUGCUCUUAUAUGCCCCAGGGCACGGCCUCUCUAGCAAACCCUGGAGUGAAGCUGCUGUCAGCGUGUGGAGACUUGAGUGCCACCGACAGUCUGUUUUCUUUUUGUGUUCAGAGAGUUAUGCAGAGGGACAGGAGUGACUCAGUAGUAGGAACUAUUAGUUGCACUGAGGCAAAACCAGGUGAAGUUAUUACUUGGUUACUCUGUGACCUUGGGUCACUGUUCUGCAUCUCUCCUCUGUUUGCUUAUGAAUCAGAAAUAGUAAUGCUUUCCAAAAACACACUGUGAAUAAACACUAAUGAGCCUGAAAUGCUUAUCAGCUGUAGUAAUAAUAGGUAGAUAGUUAUAUUGUACCUCUGUAAUAGCGUGGACAGUACAGCUAGGAUUGUUUUGCUUGCAAGCUUUUCCUGUGGUAGUAACUUUGGAUAGGCAGUAACUUUGCAUUAGAAGACAUUUUAUAACUCAUGGUACUGUGUGAUUUGCAUUGUUACAAUCAUAGAAUCGUGGAAUGGCUUAAGUUGGAAGGGACCUUAAAGAUAUUGAGUUCCAACCCUCUGCUGCAGGCAGUGUUAAGUCAUGUUUCAUAUUUUUAUGCAGAAGGUUCUCUAAUGGGCUUUUAAGUGAUCACCAUUCCACAGUGCAAAUAUUGUUUUGGUUUUUUGUUUUUUUUUUCUUGUUUUCUUAAAACAGCACCAUUACUGCUGAGGAAACCUUGUGAAUUUCUAAUGGUGUCUGGUUGUCUCUGGGCAAGGUGAUAGAUUGAGGCUUUUGAUACAGAAUUGGAAGAGAGACAUUCCAGUAUAUCUGCUCACAUCUUGGCAUGAUCAGGAAAUUACUUGGAACUGGUUUGUAGCUCACUGUGCCACCACACAGCUACGCUUGCCAGGGUUGAGUAGUAGUGUUUAUGAGGUGUUGUCUUGAGGUGCCUCAGUACUUGCAAGAAAAUACUGAAGUGGGUGACAGUAAGUUCAUUACAACAAGCUGAGCAGUUGAGGAAACAGUAUUUUUAUUCUCACAUUAUAGGGCGAUCUGUGUGGAAAAUCAAAUGCCUUAAGUGUGCCAUUGGCAAACACAUUCACUAGAGGAAUCUGAAAACUCUGUAGGAGUUGCCUGGAGUGGUUCCUGCUGCUCUCCAGAGCAGUGCUGCCACCGCCGUAGCAGGUGAGCUGGAGCUGCUGCUCUCAAGAGUGCUGAGCAGAGUCAGCUGAGUUUUCCUCUGCAGUUUUGCUGUAUGCAAAUUGGAGGAGGUAGCUUGUUCAUUUAGUGCUCUUUGAUUUUGUUUUGUUCUUUUUUUUGUUUGUUUUUCUGAUCUAUUCUGGAACGAUAUACCACACAGGAGCACUAACUGCCUGGUAUCUGUAAGUUUUGCUUCUGAGAGUAAUUUGUUCUGUAGUUUAUCACUUGUCUGCUCAAGUUUGUUUGGAACUUCCAUAAUGCUAAAUAGGACAACUGUUCUGUGUGAGGAGGAGGUGAGCACAACAGAAGACUUUUGUCUGCGGUUUAACAACAAAACUGAAAGUUGCUCUGGCAAAAUGGCAAUUCAUUGUUAAUUCAUGAGAUGUAGGUGCCCUGGAAAAAUCAAAUACCAGUUUCAUAGCUACCCUUAGGCAUCUCUAAUUUAUGCAAGCAGGGCUUGCUGAGUAGCUGCUGAGUAGCUACUGAGUCUCAUUGACCUUAGUAGGUUUGCAGAGGUCGUAUUUUAAGACAGAUAAGUUAUGCUUGAACUAUUUUUUCAGUAAGUACUAGGAGCAAGUGUUUGUGUACAUAAUUACGUGCUUUUUUCCAAUCCUCCAUUACAUUUUCUGUUUUUCUUUAGAUUCUGGCUUGUAAGUACUACAGUAAAGUCUAGAGUCUCUUUUGUUUGUGUUUUUUCUUAAUCAGUCAUCUUAAUAUUAGUAAGAAACGUGAGUUUUUGAGGACAACUUCUUUUUUGGGGUCUCAGUAAAACAGUAGAAACAAAGGUUUCACAGACUGCCAGAAAGGCAGUUGUCGGAUCAGGGGAACUCGGGGUGUGGGAAGCCAGAACAACCCAAACGUGUGUGAGUGACAUCAGCAUUUUUCUGAGCCGUUUAUGCUGCUCACUUCUGUCGGUUCCCAGCAGUGCCUGUGUCUUAUGUAAGCUCACACUGUACAUCCUGUCCUGCUGUUCUCAUGCAUGAAAAUCAUUGGCGUUAUUUUACUGUACAUUUUGAGAGCUGAGCAGUGACUGGCUACUUGUCUCAAAUGUCUGCAUGCAAGUCUCUCGCAAGCAUGCUGGAGAGAGCUAGGCCAAGAGCAUGGUGCUGUCCUCCUAGGAGACAUCAGAGGGAUAACUUGGAGUGGACGCAGCUCGUCUUCUGCUCGCUCUUAUAAUAGGCACUAUGAAGUAAUGCAGCUACUGAGGUAAUUGUACUGCUGCAGACAGAAGUCCUGAUCUGUAUCACGCGCAGAUGGACCACUAAUGCAGUUUCGAUGGCUGGUGAUAAAAACAGACAUAGAAAACAAAGGACAAUGGUUUCAACAGAGGCUUUAAUAAUGUUAGGACUGGAAAAGAGAGGCUUUUAUAUACUCUUACUGUGCACUGCUUGUUACAGGUCUUGGAAGGAAACCGUGCCUUCAGGUGGGCUGAUGCUUUACCCUUGUUCCUGUAGUUAGCAUUUAGUGAUGCAUAAUGAAGUACUGUCACUGGAUGGGUGAAAUUGGAGCAAACCUCCAAUACAAGGCUUCAGAAACAAACAUUCCCUCUAUUUUUUUUUUCUUGCUAAACCUAUCUGUAAUCAUCAGUCAUAAAAUCCUGCAGUAAUGCGAUAUCUGUUAAUGCAAAGUAAGUUGGCCACCUUCUUUAAAUGCUACCCAGUACUUCAGUUACGAAGCAAAGCUGCCUCUACUUCUUAAAUACUCUUGUGUCUUCAUACUGCUCCUGCAGUAUGGAGGAGACAGGUUUCUGCUCCUCUGGUGAACGCGCUUGUGUGGCACUGUGGCUUGUUUGGGGGGAGCUGUGUUUGUAGGUCUGUAGUUACAAGCACUGAUGGGAAAGGCUGACAGGCAGGAGAGGUGCACCUGGGUAGGAGUGAUUUGUGGAAAGGCCUCGAAAGAUUCCUUCAUUCCUUCUUUGUGGCUUCCCAGUGUGAUCUGUUCCGUGCUGCACGAAACAAUUCCUCAUUGUGCUGGAGUGUAAGACUUAACAAGGAAACCGGCCAUCUGAAGAGGAACAGGUGCAAUGCUCUGAUGCUUAGAAGCUACAUAAAUUCCUGAGUGAACAGAUCUUGCAGAGUGUAAGGUAAUUUAUUGGCAAAACAUCUAAGAAGGUCUUGAGUUUUCAUUUUGAGUAGGGAAUUGAAUGAUCUCUGCUGCCUUUAUCUCACAAAUCUAGGAAUGCAGUGACUCUUUUUAGUGCUUUUUGUUAUUUUUUGGGGGAUAUGAAAAUACAUUUUAGGAGCGUGUGCAGGAGGAUGGUCUUGCAGCAGCCAUAAAAACUUGUAAGACAGCACCUGCACGUUGUGCAUCUGGGAUUCUGUGGCAUUAUAUUUGAUUGCUCUGUGGAUACUUAUGUGACUAUCAGAAUGUACAUCUAUGUUGUCCAUAUUCAAUAGCCUUUUCAUUUUGUUCAUGUGGAUCUAUUCAGGAUGCUCAAAUCUGCUAAAAUAUUUAUAAGAAAGUUGGCCCUCGGAGCAUGUUUCCCACAGGAUGCAGUGGGUGUCAGGGCUAAAGGUCAGUGCAGACAAAGUAAAGUGAAGGCUCUUUUGGAUUUAUUUUCCUUCUUUUUUCUUUCUUUUUUUCUUCUGAAAGAAAAUUCUCUCUGUAAAGAAGCAUGGAGCUUUUCUUUGCAACUUCCUAAGUUUCCAUACACUAAGAAGUGGGAAUGGACCUGUAAAUACUUAAGUUUUCUAUUGAAACUUUUCUCCUUUUCUUUAGGAGAGCAGAAAAAAAAAUAAGUGACAACCCCAAAUCAGUGCAGUUAAUACAUUCAUGGACUCUGAGCAUGGAAGAUCCUGGUGUAAAUGAAAAAAGCCAGAUGGAGUUUUAAGUGACUGUCAUGUACAACUUAAGAAACGCACAUUCCUGAUACUAAUAAAAGGGCCAGAUUGGAGCUACAUAAUUCAUCCCAGUGUCCUUUUCAACACAUGAUAAGAUUUGGCUGCAGCAGUCAUAGAGCUAAUGGAGACAACUGUCAGGUUCUACAAAGCAGUGGAUUGUUUGCCUAAAAUAAAAAUACCUACGUGAUUAUUUCUGUACAUAUAUUUGUGUCUGCUGGUGAUCAGUACUCACGUCCCAGUUCAAAUGGAAGAUAAAGGGAGCUGAUUUGCUCUUGAAUCUCCUUAUUGCUUUAAGUAUCCAUAUAAAUAUAAAUGUGAUAUAUGUCUGUAUAUAAAUUAUUCCUAUUAAAUACACGUUUUAAGAUGGAAAGUAAAUGUUUGCUAUUUUCUUUAGGAGUUAGACAGCAAAACUUGGUCUCCUUUGGAGUUCAUUUGAAAUGUAGUGACUGAUGAAUGCCAAGGAGCAAUUCUGCAGUUAUGUUUAUUCACUGUAUGUAUUAGUGACCUGGAAGAAGUGUGCAGGAAGGGGCUAAAGCAAAACUGCUUCUGAGAUGGCACAGUGUCUGCCUCCAACACAUAGGAGGAGGAGUGGGCAGAUGGCAGUCAGAACAAAACAGGUGAAUAAUCAAGAUUGGGAACAAGCUGAGUAGACUGUGCAAGCAUGUGUGGUAUUUGCAAUUUUGAUUUAGUUACUGUGAUAGGGAUUUAAUUAUUUUAUGAUCUGUGCAAGAGAGUGGUAAGAAAAUCAUGAGCUUGCCCGAUAUGUAAUGGUGGAAAUAUGCCUGCUGUUGUCUGAGGGGGCUUCUGGGAGGAACAGAAAGGUCGGAGCCUUUGGGGCUGAGAGAACUUAAGGCAAAACAGAAACCACUUGUUCAGUGUUACAGAUCUCACCUGCAAGUUUAUUCGGCUUGUUUUGGUGUUCGUAGCAUGAGAUGGUAUUAAUGCUCCACGACAUUACUGCCUGGAUGCUACAGAUAUUCUGUGUCAUGAGAGAUUUUGCUGAAACAAAUUAGAGAUAGCAAGAUGUGUUUGUGAUAUUUCAACUAGAUAAAAGAAGUUCUGUAACUGGUUUGAAAACUUUCUAGACUAGACAGCUACCCAUUGUGUAGCUCUGAUCUCUUCCAGAUUGUAGCCUGGAGGCACUACUGGAAUGAUGAAGAAAAAAGGGAUUGUAGUGAUGAGUGAUUGAUCCCUUAACCCUUAGCAGUGUGCUGGGUGUUAUACUGCAAGAAAAUCCACAGGUAGAAAUGCUAUCCCUUCUCGCUUUGUUAAGGAAAUGUAGGCUAUCACUUUGUUAUAAUUAUGAUGGAGGCUAUCAUCUGUAAGAAAUCCAUUGAGAUAAUACUGAUGAGCUUCAUGGUAGCUUGUCAAAUCAAUCUUUUUUUUCUGUAUAUGUCUCUCAAAAUAUUCUUUGUUUCUUUUUUAGGGAGUUCAGUAACUUGGGACACAGCAGUGAGCUGCUAACUGGAGAACACUCUUCUAACCCUAAAGGGGAAUCACUUUGUCUAAGAUAGCACUUAAUGAGCAGAAGCACAACCCAUCUUGCAGUUCAGAACUUACUUGGUACAGGUGAACUUGCUAUGCUUGAAAUUACUCUUCCAUAAUAUCAGUUUGCUCCUUGUAUACUGUCGUCUUAAGAUACCUCAGUCUGAGGUGAAGAGUUUUGCUGCAUGAGGAGGUUGAGGGAAUUAAGGCUGUAUUUCUGCAGAACUGAAGGCUAGAAAGAUAAAGGAAAAAAGAUUAACAUAUUCACAAGGAGUGCUUUGGGUAAGAUUUCUUCCUGUCUGAGGACACACUGAAUCCUGUGGGAAUGAGGCAGCUGUACUAAAACGCACUUCAAUUCUAAUGUUUUAUACUGAAUCAUUGCUAUAAGAGGUAUUAAUGGAAUUUGUAAAAACGUUAGCAUUUACAUAAAGAAUAUAGAAAUAAGUUCACCCAGAACGUCCUUUUGCUGUGUGAGAGCUGUGUGGAGAGUGAACAAACACUUGAAGCUUAACAUGAGUAUAAUAAAUCAAAAUGCCAAAUGAAGCUCUGAGGACUUCCAUCUAUUCACUUCAUUGUUUCCUUUGCAGAUAUAGCACAACUCGGCCAAAUGCAGGGUUGUCAUUGUUGUGACGUUCAAAGUGUUUCUAAAUGUUCUUCAGGAUGGAGCUUUUCUCUUUGCAUUGUCUUACACUGUUUAUUAGUUGUUCAGUGCAUUACACUGAGCGUUUCUAUAAGCAGAAGUCAUGGUUUAAGUCCUCAGUUCGGAGUAAUUGGUGAGGUGCUUUGUGAGCUGUUGAUGACCUGCAGAAAAGGCUCAAAUUUGUACCUUCUGGAAACUGCUGUUUCCCAAAGCUGAUGCUUGGCAACAGAAGAUGCCCUGCUGACCCUCUGCAGCUUGGCAGAAAGCGUUCUGAGUGCGUGAGCUUCCAAAGCUUAUAUCCCAGGGUACAGACUGCUCAGGGCUGCUGGCUGGCACAGUGCAUUUCCAUCAGUGUAAAAUGGAGGUCACAGUUCAGUGAAGUAUAAUUUGGAAAAAGAUGGUAAAAAGUAGAACAGAUUAAAAACUCGGUUUUGGCAUUUAAGCAAGUGAUGACCUGUCUAGAUAUUGAGCUGCUGUUAGCUGGGAUUUCUGAGAUGUAGCUCAGCUGUUGGACCUGGAGAGGCUGUGUUUGCAGCAGUAGUUUCAUGUCAGCUUUAGCUUUGAUAAUUUUUGGUUAAGUAUUUAAAGAUUGCUGUGAAUUCUCCAUCACAGUUUCUUAUGUGUUCCUCUUGUUUUGUACUUACUCUGUGGUCACAAAAGCUGCUUAUUGUUUAUGGCUUUUCCUAAAGAUGGGCAUCUUUGUGCCUAUUCACAGAAUGGCCAGGGUUGGAAGAGACCUCAAGGAUCUCCAUGAAUCUCCAACUCCCCUGCCACAGCAAGGCCACCAGCCUCCAUAUCUGAUAGACCAGGCUGCCCAGGGCUUUUCCAUCCUGGCCUUUAACACUGCCAGGGAUGAGGCAUCUCAAGUGUUGCUUUUUCUUUCUAUCCAUAUUUACUCUGCUGAGUGGUCCGCAUUUGACGUGCAUCAUUGCUUUGAACAUACUCUUACAGCAUGCUCAUCUACUCUAUUGUGAUGUGUUCUGCUAACCUCGUGUUUUCUGAGAGUAUUUUCAGAUAUUGAUAUAAACCACAUAUGAUAUAUUAUUAGCACUGCUGCUAAAACUUGAUAACUGAUCUGAUCGUAUAUAGAUUGUGCUUGUGAAUGAACUUUUUUUUUUUCAUUGUUUCCUCUCAAUCUACUGCUUUUGGAGGCUUGGUUAAAUAAUUAUUUUGGAUGUUUCAUAGAAUCAUAGAAUUGCUUGGGUUGGAAGGGACCUCAAGGAUCAUUAAGCUCCAACCCCCCUGCUGCAGUCAGGGCUGCCAGCCUCCUUAUCUAAUACUAGACCAGGCUGCCCAGGGCGCCAUCCAACCUGGCCUUGGACACCUCCAGGGAUGGGGCAUCCACAACCUCUCUGGGCAGAUUUAACUAAUAAAACUUCUUACUUCAGUAUUAAUAUUGUGUUUACCUCUAGAAGGAUAACUAAACACUUUUUCCAUCAAAUUAGUUUGAGACAAGAAACUUUACAGUGAACUCAUUUGGAAUAUAAAUUAUCCCAACACGGUGUUUUCCAGAAUUUGUUUUCUCAGGUUCUCUUGUCUUAGCUCCCAGAUUUCUCUGUAGGCCAAGGACACCAUUCUUUUAACACAGUGCCUUGCUGAGGAGAACUAAGCUGUCUGUUGAUUGGGGUGCAUUAAGGUCACUGGAACACUGGGAUGUUCUGGUAUUUGGGAAGGCAGUUCUGCAACUUGUCCCUUAUUUGUUCUGUGUCAAAGGAGCAUUACUUUGAGGAAAUGUCAAGGGAAGUUAAGGUGACUAGAGCUUCACGAAGGUUGGUCUGCUGUAUCUGUGGGGUUUUUAGUAGAACCAACAACUAAGCAGCUUGCAAAGUUCAACACUUGAAUCAGCUGUGAGAUAGGACAGAUUCUUUCCACCAGGUUAUUUGUGAUAUAAGAAUACUGGCAUCAUCAUACAACCAAACCUCUGCUGUAGUUCUUAAAGACUGUUAAUCGUCAAUUAAACUGCACCAAAAGAGUGUUUUCCUAAGUCAGCACUUCAUGAAGAAAAGGUCAGUAGUAGUUUUAUGUCCUUUUGUUGAUACGUUAUAAAUGUACUAGUGUAGAAGUCUACUUAAUAGUGUAGGUAGUUCAUAGUAUGCUGAUAAUGGAAACUGUCAGCUUCAGUCACUUCCUCAACCCACUGUAGCAGCAGAAUUUAUUUUACCUGUCUUGGUAAUGCUUGUGCAGUUAGGAGUUCCAGAUCACUGGAGACUGAAGUACUGCGAUACACAGAUUAUUGGUAACUUUGAUCUUUUCUGUCUUUUAAGCUGUAUGUGGAGGAUGGAAUUCAUUUGAAGAAUCCUACUUUUAAAUAGUAGAGUAUCAAGUUGGAUGCAGAAGGAUUAAAUGUGAGAUUGUUUGCGUGUGGAAAAGAUGUUUGAUGGCAAAUACAAAUGCUAAUUUUCUUGCACUUAAUUGGAGCAUAAGAUAGUUGACUGUGGGACUGUGUAAAGACAGUGAGGUUUUGGUCUGUUACUGAUGCUGAAGUAUAUUUUAUACAGUGACUAGUGCUCAUUAUUCUGGUGCUGGUUACAUUGGAGUUUUUCAAAUUGAGAGGCAGAUCACAAACUCCACAUGAAAUUGACCUUUUAAAACUGAUUUCCUAGAGUAGUUUCUUGAUGUUUUUACUACUUUUCCAUUGAGUUAUUGUGGUUUCCACAGGCUGCUGCUUGAGGUGCAACAGUUCUGUAAAACCAAGUGGGAAUUUGUAGCUGGUUACUAAAAAUGAAGAAUAAAAGCAAUGGAUUUGUCUGAACUGAAUGUGACUGGAGUCCUAUGAGAAGGUUUUUUGUUUUUCUUAUAGGCACAUUAUUGUUGUUCAUAUGUGAAUAUGUGGGAAUGAGUUGGUAUGGUUAAAGUUACUUCUCUUAGUUUGUUUUCUUCCUACUUUUGUGGUUCAUUCGUAUUGGAGAGAGUCCUUCCUUUUAAUGCAUUUUAUUCUCUAGGGAAGUGCACUUUAAAUCUAGGUAGAACCUAAUUUAUCAUGUAGAGCCUCGAGACUUAAUGAUGUUUCUGUGUGGGAGCUCCUCUCUGGGUUUGGCUUGAAUCCUGUGGGUAGACUUUACCACAGACCUGUACCUUUCACCUAAUGCAGUAAUUGUUGUUUGUCUGUUAAUAACCAGCCACCUUGGUUAGUGGAUUUUGCAAAUACUUUUUAGGAAUUCCAUUGUUCAGAAAUCUGUUGCACUGCCAAGUUCUCCAAGGGAGGUUUUCUCUUAGGUGCUGUAGAUGCUUUGGAAUGCUGAGGAAUGUUUCUGUUUGGUUUUGUGUUGUUUUGGUGUGCCUUCUGCUUCUCUUUAAGGUCAGAAUGCUUUCUGGACUGAUCUGUACUAUCUGCAUACCAGCAGGUGGAGCAUUGGUAGCAUAAGAUGGGCUUCUGUCACUUGGUUUCAGGUGUCUGGGAGGAACAUAGUUCCUUCAGCAUUUUAGAAUAGUGAUCUCCAUGGAGGUGGAAGCUGCUGACUGUUUGGCAUUAACAAAAAAAUGUUGAAAGACAAUUUUCAGACUUGCAGGAGGGGUGAACUUGGAUGCAGAGAGCAAAAGGCAGCUCGGUGUUUCUCUGUUUUUUUUUUUCAAAUGCCAGUUACCUGCUGCAAGGCGUGGAGGUAUUGAAGCUACCUCUGAAAGACUGUGAAGCUAUUAAGGGAACAGAAUUUUGCCAAGUUUGUGGGGGACUGUGUUUGCUGCAAAGUGAGAAGAGGUUCAUGUUGUGGUUUCACAAGUCACCUGCAUUGAUUUGAAGUUGUGUUGCCACCGAAACAGACAGUCCUGCCCUACACAGUUGCUUCGUGCCAGGGACUGCCCUGCCAUCCAGUAACUGAGGCCACCUGCCUGCAGAAAACUGAUCUUUUUUUUUCCCCUCACCAGGAUUAGUUUGCAGCUAAAUAUAGUGGUUGGUCCCAGUAACUGGCAUCGUAUUUUUAUCAGAUUCCUGUAAGGAUGGAGGAAGCAAGCAUCCCUCAGCCAGAAGUGAGGACAAGCAGGGCUCCUGUUCUGCUACCCUACUGUUCCUAUGAUCAAUCUAAAUCAGCCUGAAAUCACUGUGUAAGUACUACAGCAGUCUUUUCGUGUCUUUGGAAAGGUCCCUUAUGGUAAUGAUGUCAGCCUAAUGAGAAUGAUGGUAAACAAGAUUUAAUAUCUCUGAGUGAAGUUCAUAUUACAGAGUUGUCUUUUGAGGUGUGACCCAGAUCUCAGCUGCAUGGAUUUUUGCAUUCGUACAUUACUCUGUAUUUUUCAGACAUGCCUAUAUGUCAAGUGUUUGGGUUCUGUGACUUAAAAUGUAGCUAGUAAGAAGGGCCUCAGGAUUGACUUUGGAAUGACUUUACAUCAUUAUCUGCAGAACAUCUGUUGCUGGAAGUUGUGUAGUGGCAUUCUUUGUUGCUGAUCCUGCUUUUUCUCCUAAAUGUAUUCAUACAUAUUUAAUCUAUUUUCCUGUUUGGUUUGUUUGUUUCAUGUGAAAAGCAGAAAGAAGGAAGAUGAAUCUUCAUUCCUUUAGGGUACUUUUACCAAGAUUGAAGUUGGGAAUAUUUUUCUAACAGAUCUCCCACAAUUUUUGGAAAUUCUGCUUGGAGCAGUAUUGGGUGUAAUUUGGCAAUGCGAGUUUAGAAUGUUUUUUGUGACGUGGUGAACAUCAGUAUGAACCUUGGAAUGGGCCUGUGUGUUUCCAACUUCUUAGAAGAAGUACUGCUUAAUGAAACCUUGCAUGAAGGUGUUACUUUGUAUUGCAGCGCUGUCUUGCAUCUUGAAACUUCAGAAAAGAUUUCCUGCCCCAGGUGUUUCUCCUGCCUCAUUGAUGCUCAUUGGAUAUAUAAACUUGCACAAUAAUCUAGAGGCCACUUAGGAGAUAACGUGGCUUAGUGGGGAAGUGGUGGUGAUAGGUGGACAGCUGGGCUGGAUGAUCUUGGAGGUCUCUUCCAACUUUGGGAUUGAGGAACCCCAUCUGCUCCUAAGUUUCCCAACUGCUUGUUUAUUGGUUUAAUUCUGUUUAUUAGUAAAGCUCUGCACUUGUACUUGUGACAAAAGAGCAGUUUGGUGGGUCAUAGAGUAAGUCACCUGCAUGUUGUUUAUUAUGGUUUGAAAAGCCAUAUUUAGAGUUGGUGGGAAAUAAGAUUUAGUAGGGAAAGCAGAGAGACCAGAAAUCUGUAAUCUGUCCUUAAAUGUGAAGAUUUCUUGCAUGUUGCUGAAGAGUGGUGUUUUAAAAAUUCCCCCUUCAAAGUAGUUGUGGGAGUAGUUUUGUGGGAGACAUUACAUCUAUUUCAAAUUGAAGACAGCUGCUACAAACAAAAGUGAAGAUGUCUUUCGUUGUGUCUACUCUCAAAGAUGUUGGUGUAAAAUAAGAAUCUGGAGGGGUUUUUUGAAGAGUAUUGCUGGUGAUGUACGAAGGUGACCCGCAAACUCUCACUGUAGUAAUGAUUGCCUUUUCCUUUUGUAGUCCAGCAGCUAAAUGUUACAUUGUUCCAUGUAAGGAAAUACAAAUCAAAACCAACAGAUCCACUCCUCCCAUAUUUACAGACUAGAAAGUCUGUUUUGCUGCUGAGUAAGAAACUAUGUAUGGAGGUGGCUUGAUGCUACAGCAAAUGUUGUUUGAGAGGCUAUGAAAAUAGUAGUUUUCUAAAGAUAUUUGUCAGAUCUUUUGUGCAAUUGACUUGAGAAUAUGAGGAAAUAUUUUCAAAAUGAACUGUUUUGCCAGUGGGUUGUGUCUCUUUCCAGUUACUGUCAGUAAAUCCUGAAAACUGAUUUUUCUGAUUUUCCUGAGAGCAACUUGGUGAGAUCUUACAUUUUGGAAAUAAAUGUUUUAAGAAUUACUGAUUUAUUUUUUUUUGCUGUGGUAUCAUUUUUUGUUUUGCUUUUGAUAUUGAUGCUUGAGCAGAUGCUGUGAUGACAUGCUGUCCUUGUGUGGACUCUUUCCUUUGGGGUGGCAGGCUGUAUACAUGUACUUAAAAGAAUGGGCCUGAUGCUUAUUACUGCACAACAAAACUUUUUUUUAGUGCUGCACACUUACAUGAUGUCUGUGACUUGCAUACUCGCUGGGUUGUGUUUAUUUUCUGUCAGUAAUGUAGAAGCUGUAUAUAUUUUACUGGGACCAAGGUUAAGAUUCAGAGUUUUGCACAGAUCACUUCUGUCUGAUGUCCUUCAAGGUUGAAUUGUGAUGGAGGAGUUGAGCUUGCACUUCACACCAUAAGGAAAAGUUGUUGUAACACUGCACUUCCACCCAAGUCUGCUUCCUUCAGUAACGAUCUCAGAUUCUGCUUAUCAAAAUUGUGCACGUGAGAAUUUGUCAUACCUGUGACUCAAAGGGUUAAAAUAUGUUCACACCGAGCUGCACUUAGAACUGUUGCAUCGUGUUCCCUUUAGAUCUCUUGGUGGCCUGGCCCAACUCGUGUAUUUCUUUACCAGCUUCUCUAGCAGUAGAGUAACAUGGUGUAGUCUUAAUUGUUGCGUUGCUGAUCUUAACAUCCAAAGUGCCUUUGGUCAGCAGAGGUCAUCAGUAGGACUCUGUGGUAUUGAUGACUCAUUGGAGUUCUCAAUUUGUUUCCAGCAGUGUUACAGAGGAUUACUUAUGGUAGUGCUUAUGGCAGCUGGUAUCACCAGAGAGUUAUAAUCUCAAAUGGGAGCGAAUAGUCAUUAAAUGAAGCAUUCUAAAUGUGCUGUCCUUUUGGAGUGUGCUACAUCAGACUGGGCUGAUAGUCAAAAAGGGGGGGUGAGGGGGGGGAUGUGAAAACAGCCUAUCAGAUGAGAUGUGUAGCUUCUCUGCUCUUGAUUUCUAGUUAUUUUAGGGAAGGUUUUUCCAUUCACUCUUGACCAUUUUUGAGUCAACAGGCAGGAAGGGCUUCAGUGUUUUGCCCUGAAAAACACAUCCAGUGCCUGAUGGACUUUCUUGCUUUAAAUUUAAGAUUUUACUUUCAGAUUAACUUCUUAUGAGUCGAGCUCAUCUGAUAUUAUUCCAAACAGCAUCUGUUAAAGGUAUUCUGUAUUCUAGUCAAGUCCUAGGGUUGGUUUUGCCCUCCUAUGUCUUCCUUCUGCUCCCCUUAAAAGAAACUAUCAGAUUAACUUCUUCACAUUCAGUGGUGUGAACUUUCUUUGUGUGUUCCAGAUUGAAUAUAAGAUGUAGAUGAUCUCCAGGGAAGCUUUUCUCAAAAUAAACAAAAACCCAGCUCAUUUUCUGAAGACAACUUUGUCGCUUGAACUAGAGAUGCUUCUUACCUUGACUGAAAAGGCACAAACUGGAAGACUCUUCAAGGUAAAAUAGAAACAUGUCAUGUGGAGAAACAUAUCAUGUGGAGGUAUCUGUAUCCUAUAUAAAAUGAUUUGUUUUAAUACUUCUGUAGUAAAGUGUCUCCAGGACUCUGCCCUUAGAUUAGGCAACCUGAAUCACAGAAUGGCCAGGGUUGGAAGGGACCUCAAGGGUCAUGAAUCUCCAACCCCCCUGCCUCAUGCAGGGCAAAACCUGGUUUUGGUGCAGCUUUUCCAAGGAAUGAGACUAAAAUUCUUUUCCUGUAAGAGAGACCAAAAGAGAGAGUUGAAGAGAGGAAACUACAAAAUCAGACCUAUUGAGUGCAGGCAGCAAUAUUUGAGUUAAAUACUAAACUCACUGAGUUUGUAUAAGCAACAUUAGACACUAUUACCAGAGGUAAUACUACUGUGGGAACAAAGAAGGGAUCAGCUAUUUAUGUAACAUUAGACCUAAUAUGUAGGAUGUAUUUCUGUUUCUUCUUAAUGUGGAGUUCCAGGUAUUCAUCUUUCUCUUGUGGUCAGUGCACUUUGAUGUAUCUCCCCUGCUGAAAAAGCAAAAAUUGCAGAGUGUAUAUGGCUAUACAUUAUAUAGCAACGAUCUGUUAGAAGCUGUUGUCAGAGAAAACAAAAAUACAGCUAAGGAUGCUAAUACUCUUUCUUCCUUUUUCUGUACUGACUGUAGGUAAGCUUACUGGUGGGAGUUUUUAUGAGGGUAAUACAUUAUGAUAAAUUAUUAGUGACAGAUGGAUUUAUUUUUUUUUAACUUAGCUUACUUCUGAAGCAAAAUGAUCUGGAUUAGCCACUUCCUGCCCCCCAAAGUGGCUGCAGAACUUCUCAGGUUACCUAAAUUAAAGACUGAAUUUGGCUCAGUAUGUUACUCUCUCAGGUUGAGAGCCAAGAAGGUGUUUUAUAAAUACAUGACUACUUCAUGCUGAGCAGUGUUGUUCAGCCAGAGGGAAAAGGAAACUCAGGGGGGAGUCUUUAAUUGCUGCCUUCAGUUACCUAAUGGAUCAUGAGAAGAAGGCAGAUCGUUCUUGGUGUUGCCCAGCGAAAGGGUGAGAAGCACUGGAUACAAGUUGCAGCAGGGGAAAUUCCAGUUAGGUGUAAGGCAAAAAAAAAAAAAGGUAGGCCUGUGGCUACUCAGAAUGUGUAGAUGGCUCAGAGAAGGUAUGAAAAAUCCUUCCUUGGGGAUGCUCAGAUUUUGAGUGGAAGAGACUUUGUGCUUUGAGCAGGGAGUUUGCUGUAGGUGGUUUCCAGAGGGCUUUCCUGAGGUUUCCAGAGGUCACUUCCACUGUAAGAUAUUUUUGGUUUCCAUUCGGUGACUAGUUCAAGAUUUUUCCUCACCAAGAAGGCUUAUCCUUGUUCUGUCUUUCUGAUCUUCUAUGGUAAUCGCUUUUCAUGUCUCAUUUAUUAAUAUUAUGCUCACUGGAGUCAGAAAUGGUGUCUGUGGAGACAGUGCUUUUGUAAAGCAUGUAUUAACUGAAGGGCUCUGACUGCAUGUCUGUUUUACUGUAUCUAAGUAAAGACCUCCAAAAGUGAAACCAACUUUGAAGGUUCUCUUGCAGUGCUGUUUUUGGUGUUGUUUUUUUUUUUCAGCUUCAGUUAGUUUUUUAUGUAUUUGCAGUUCACAGCACUAAUAUUGAGCAGAAUAUUUUGGAGCAGAGUGAGCUAAGAAGUUGAAGGCAGAUUGUAUUCUCUUAAAGAGAAAAAUUUUAGGGUGUGAACUUUGGUGCAGAUGUGCAACCUAAUGGUGUAUUCAAUUUCUGCCUACUGUUCCUUUGUUUUAAAUUGCUUAUUUAAAAGUAUAAAAACACCCUUCUCUUGUGUUUGAACCCCAGCUUUCUGUGUGCUCAGUGUACUCCAAUUAAUACUGAGAUGAUUUGGAUUGCAGGUGAAUACAUAUCUGCUUUUUAAAGGCUGUGGAGAAGGACAGUGAGCAGACUGUAGUUGCUACUCUUGUAUAUUUUUGGGAAUUAAUGCAAGAAAUGAAUAGGGGCCACUUCUGUCUUGCAUGCUGUGUCUGCUCUUGAGGUUGUUAGAUUGCAGUAAUUCUCUCUGAUGCAGUUCUGGCUUUAUAGUCAUUUUUUUUUUUUUACCUAUUAAACCUCCAUUCUUUGAAAUGAGACUCAUGGGGCAGUGUGUAGGACAGCUUUUUUUCUUCCUUAUGCUUGGUCACAGGAGACUAAACUUACAGUUUUAUUCUAACUUAGCUCCUCAAGGUAUGCAGAGCAUCUGGGUGGAUGCUGUUCUUAAUCAGGAUCUGAACUUUAUUUUGGCUCAUACCAUCGUUGUUUUGUUGUUUAUCCUCUUCCUUUAGUAAGAUGAGAGCAGUAUUUUAUGACAAAAACAUUCAGUUGUUUGGUUUUCUGUAAUGGUUAUGUAUGACAUUUGCAUCCUCACUGAAAUUUGGUCUUAGAUAUGUUAAUAGUGUACUAUUUUUACCCAUUCCCAUGCAUUCUUAAAAUAUGAGAUGCUGUUUUUCUGACAGCUCAAUUUAAAAAAUCUUUUUACUUCUGACACAGUGAGACUAUCAGUUUUAGUGUUUAUACUUAUGUAUAUAUUUUGUGUAUCCUUCUAGUAUUUGAUGAGAGCUUAUAGGCAGGAAGGAGAGUGACUUUUUUACACGGUUGAUAGUGAUAGCUCAAGGGAGAAUGGCUCUAAACUGAAGGAGGGGAGAUUUAGGUUAGAUGUUAGGAAUAAAUGCCUUUCUCAGAGGAUGGUGGGGCACAGGAACAGGCUGCCCACAGAACUUGUGGCUACCCCACAUUCUGGAGGUGUUCAAGGCUGAGUUGGAUGGGGCCCUGGCAGCCUGAAAUGGUGGGUGGCAACCCUGCCAGUGGCAUGGAGUUGAGCUUGGUUGUCUUUAAGGUUCCUCCCAUUGUAAGCCGUUCUGUGAUUAUGAGAAGCAGAGCGUGUAGUUUCCUGAAAAUAUACAGGAAAUGCAGUUCUGAAACUGCUUACGUGUGCUUCCUACUUCAUGAGAAUUCAUUGUGCACUGUAUACUUUUAAUGCUGAAGUGAACUCUCUGUGGCUGUUAAAAGACGAGGUUCUUCCCGCGUGCUAGGACAGACUGUAUUCUGUCUGAAUCCGUGUGACAUUAAUGCCGUUGAGAUUGAGUUGGACUAUGUGAGAGCUGAAAGCUAGGGCACUUUAAAUGCAGAACUGAUUCAGACACUGUGUUUUACUCGGGGCCAAUAACUUAAUGUCUAAUAUUCAGUUAUGUUCUGGUCAAUAAACACGACUUAAAAUAAUUGGAGCAGUAGUAAGGAUCUGCUUUAAUUCUUUUUCAGUUAAUUAUUUGCAUGUGAGAACUGAGACUUUGAAUUCACUGAGUAAUUGUAAUCGUGCUGAUCAUGGAAUGAGGCUGUGGGAUGGAAUAAGACGUGGGAAGAAAAAAAGGAAGCUCUCUUUAGCUUCCAUGUUCCCCUGCAUCUUCCUUUCCCUUUUUGCUAUCCUUCUUCCUUCUUCCCAUCUUGUUUAAAUUUCUGAUCACGGUGCAGUCCAAGCUCUGUAUGACUGAACACACAAUCUGUGGCACUUGGGAAAACUGCAGUUCCUCUCUGUGACCUGCGUGUCUUGGGUUUGGAAACUGUGAGAGCGCACAAACUUCAGGUAUCACAAUAGUGCCCUUCUUGUCAGUGUUAAAGCUCUUGGUGAUUCCCUUGUAUCGACAUCUUAAGGCUUGUUGAGAAUUGACAGAUCAGUAAAUACUGUGCGUCAGGAGCAGUUUAUGUAGUUCAGAGAUCCACAUGGUUCUUUGUGUUUUCUGCAUGUGGAAUUUGAAGGGGAAUUCACACUGCAAGUAAUGCUACAUUCAUUGUUGUUCUUCAACAGCAUUAAUGGAGGCCAGCAAUGAAUCUUCUUCUGUUUAUAGCGACAUCAGAAUAAGUCCUGCUUCUGUGCUUUUAAGCUAUAGCAGAAUUGAAGGACAGAGCCUUUAACAACAGCUGGAGUGUGCUGUCUUUUAUAUUAGUUUGUAAAAAGUAAAAGUGUUCAGGAGAAGAGCAGAAGAUGCUUUAUCUUCAGUUUUCAUAAAAGAACUUUUAUAGAAGCUCUGUCCUUCACAAAUGUAGUUGCACAAAACUGCUGCAGAUACAUUUUCUUAAUACUGUAUUUGGAUGGAGCUGAAAAUUUAACUCCUUCAUACAAAUAUGAUCACAUUGUUAGAUGCUGUUCUAUCAAACGUCCAAUCCCAGCACAACAAGAGACUUCACUAUCACUUAUAUUGGUUGUUUUGUGGUGAUUUGAGUGUUAAAAUGAAGCUGAAAGGAGUGUCCUCUCUUUAGGCAGGUGACAUUGUGGUAACCUUCAUUACUUCCUUAAGAAGGAAGUGUUAAAGGAGAGCAGCAUAAGAAAUGGUUCACUGCAGCAUAAUGCUUAGCAGCCUAAUUAGUUGAAUACCAUGUGCCUACCUCUGCAUGAAAUAACCCAUUUCUUCGCGAGGUAAAAUAGGAAAUUUCAGUUUUGGAACAGCCUGAAGAGGCCUUUGUUGCAAAUGUCCAUUGGCUUUUUAACUAUUUAUUCUCAAAUAAUGAAGGUCAGCAUGGUAUCCAUAGAGACUGCAUGCAGCUUCCUCAUUAAUCUUGGCAAACUCCUGUAAUAACUACUUUCGCUUACUACUAACAAGUGUUCACAUUUCAGAAGGAAACGUUUAUUGGAAAACAGUAUGGGACUGACUUUUUGUAACUGAGAGAUCUUGUAUGUGUAGUUUUCCUUUAAACUCUGUUAGAAUUUCCCUUUACGAGUUGCCUUGGAGGCCUGAACGGCCUCAGAACUAGCAACUUUAAAUCGCAGGAGUCUGCGUAUUUCCUGGAAGCAGAAAACUACUUACUGGCUAAGCUUUUUCUUUCUGAAAGGAUAAACAGUGAUAAACAAGGAUAAAUCUGUCUGCUUUCUGCUCUGUUAGUAAAAGGAACGUUUUCUGCUGCAAACUAGAAGAUAAAGGCAUUUAAGUGUUAUGUGAACAUGAUCAAGCCAAAAUGAUAGGAUUUAAAAAAAAUAACCUCAUAGAUUCUCCCCCCCUUUCUUUUUUUUAUCUUUCCUUCUUUUUAACAAAUAAUGGGAGAAUUUUUGCAUCACCAGAACACUACAGAAGUCCUUUGGAUUGACUGUCAGGUUACUUCUGUGCACAAGAUUCCAAUCAGAGCAUUGAUGUGAAGCAACUAAAUGAGUGCUGUAUGCUUAAUGAUGACUUUGAUCUAAAUUAAAUUCUUUACUCUUCAAUAGUAUGUUGUCAUUUAAAUAUUUUUCAUAUUGGAAGCGUUCUUUUUAGUGAGAAGAAUGAAGUUGACUGCAUCAGAACAGAAUGCAGUCUUGUGGGAUUUCUGGUACUGAGUUGCUGAAGAGAGAAAGUAACAUGGUUCCAUCCAGAGGCUGUGACUGUUUUAUUCCCACCUGACCCUUUUAAUGUUUCCCCCAGGAUCUAUAUAUAUUUAUAGAGAGAGAAACAGAGCUUUAAACUGAUCAGUUACUGUGAUGCUGAGAAAUACACAUAUUUUUUCAGAAUUCUGCCAGGUCUGUUUCUAAGAUUUCCUUCAUUGCGAGUGUUUUCCUGUUUUUAUGUUUAACUUUGUACAUACUUAUUUAGAAACAUAAGUACCUGUGAAAGAGCAGAUAGUAUGGAUGUUUAGAAUGGAACUCCAUUUAUUUUUUUGAGAGUUCUGGUAAUGAAGGUAUAGGAAAAUAAAACAUACAUUUAUAUAUGUGUAUAUAUAAAUGUAUUUGAAACCUGAAGGGGUUAAAAAAUGUGUUUAAAAAUUGAGUAUGUAUAUUCUAUGUCUUGCAUUUAGAAACAUUAAAUGUGUGUUAAAUCUAGAAUUGUGGUGUUUUUAUAUCCAUGCUUGUUUUAAGUGAAACUGAGAUUUUCUUCGGAGUUAGUUGAAAGGUAUUUGAUUGGAAUGUCACAGAAACGAGUCAUAAAUCCUUUUAUUUUUCCCCUUCCCUAAAGGUGAUGGACUGCUUUGUACUGCUGGACAGCUGCAGUGACGUGUAGUAGUCUGUUGCUGUAAACAUCCCCGACUGGAAGCUGUAGCAGCUCGAGCUUUCAGUCAGAUGUUUGCUGCACCUGGCUAUACCUGGACAGCACCAGGAGGAAAAGAUGUCAUAAACCUGCGUGUGUAGAUACAUACCUAGUAGGUUCUAUAGACACACUGAACUGCCUCCAUGUGAGUUAACUUUGAUUUUUAUUAAUAUUGCUAGUAUGAUUGAUUACAAGCUAAUCUGUAGCAGGAUGGAGAUGCCAAGGUAUUGCCUAUGUCACUCAGAACUGAAUUCUCUGCUGCUUCAAAGUAUGAGCUACAGAACUAUGGAAUGUAACAGCAAGCAGUGUUUAAUUUCUUGUACAAAUGCACAUAAACAAAACUCACCUUAUGAACUAUUUUAAUGCCAUCUGUUACUAAACUGUAAAAAAAAAAAAAAAAGAUUAAAUAUUGUUGAAUACUUAGCAAAUAUUUUAUUUGCUGUGCCUUGCUUUUUCUUUCUGAAAUUCCGUGUUCUGCCUCUCCUACGAGUGGGUGGUGCUCUCAUUGUUUGUAAGCUGGAUGUUACCCAAGGCCAAAAUAAAGGUUAAAAAAGAUUGCACAGGAUGUAUUUUUGUAGUAAAACAAUGCCAAAUGCGUACAGUUGUUUGUGGUACAGUCAGCUUGCUUUGUACUACCAUUAACAGAUUAUUUUUCACGUAAGAAACAGCUUUUGAAAGUACUUUUUCAGAAUUCUCUUCACUAAUUCUCAACUUAAAGUAAUCAGUUCUUUGAGAAGAGCUCUCAGCAAAACAACUUCAGUACUUUCCACUUUUCUCAGUGAUGGAUCUAGGAAGCGUGUUCUGCAGAUGUAAUUUCCUGGACCUUUAUUUGUAAAGGAUGGGAGCAGAACAGCCUAAAUGAGUGAAUUCUGCUGCUGUUUGAGUAGUAAGCGUUCUUGCAUUACCUUAGCUUUCCAGUCUUCCACCUCUGAACAUUUUUGCUUCACAUUCCUUGACAUUCAAAAGGCAAAUUUUAUGUUCAGUUUAUUUGAUACUAUGGUAAUACAGAUUAUAAAGGUUAGCUAGAUCUAACUUCACUGCAGGAAUUCUGUAGAAGAUUAUGUGCAAAGAUACAGAUAUUUACCAGAAAUUUUAUUUUUCUUUCUUAAAACUGAGGAUUCCUUAGGCCUGGAAAAGAUAGACUGCAAGCAUUGCAGAAGCAGUGAUUCUCAAGCAUGCCAUGAAUGGCCACCAGUGAACUCAGGGCAGCCAUUCUUCUGGGCAGGAGUGUGACUAAACACAGAGCUGCUGUGAUGUGGGUCACCUGUCUGCUGGCUGAUGUGUGCUGAUGGAAGGUUCUGAACUUACUGCUAGCACUGCUGCAAUGAUCUAUUUUCAGAGUAGUUCACACACAAUACGAUUUCUAUUAAAAAACACUUUCUCUUAAAUAUGAUGUUUGGCUUGUGUACAUCUUCAAAUUAGAAAGAGAAACACAAGCAGGAUUUACAAAUCCUUUUUCCAUUUUACAGGAGAACACAAGUGGUAGUCAUUUUUUUCCAGAUGUUCUUUGCUGUAAAUGCUUGGCAUUCCAUAGUUUUACAUGCUGCUUGGACUUGGAAGAAAUGAAGUGUUGUCCGUUAACAUUCUUCACUGAACGAUCAAAGUAAACGUUAUCUCGUAGUUAAUCUUGUAGUCAUUUUUGUUAGUGCUGUCUUUCCACAUGCUAGAUAAGAGUAGUCAUGUGCAGUUCAUCAGCUCAGUAUUGUGGAAUUUUAUUUAUGUGCUGGUGUUUAAUACCCAUACUCAAACGCAGCCAUUGUACUUCUUUACAUGAAAGCCAGCUGAAGUGGUUUGUAAUGACGGGAAAUAAAUAAACCCACACUGUAUUUUUACAUUGUUUUUGUUUGGGAUUUUCUUGCUAAGAGUUUGAAAAGCCAGGGUCUCUGCUUUCUGCAUGUGAAAUAGAAACUUCUGAAUUUCUGAAUGUAUCUGAGACAUUUCCCCUUGCAAAUGAAGAGGGUGGAGUCUUUCCAGACAUGUGUUUACACAAUGUUUUAAGUUGAAUCACUGAAUUUUAGGAAUGGAAGAGGCAGAUUUGAUGUGUCAGCCUAAUUGUCAGCAAAGCUGAUUACCUCAUGUUAUUAAAGUAAUGGCUGCAACUAUUGCUUGUGAUAGAAGGAGGAGGCGUGAAUCGAUUUCUAAUGUUUUAUGAUGCACUAACAUCAUAGUGGAGGCAGAUACCUGAAGGAGGAGGUUGCUAGUCCAGAGGCUGGCAGUGGAGUUGUGAACGUGCUGCUAAUUCUGGAUGUCUGUUGCGCCCAGCACAAGUAGGAAUGGGCAUGCAGACACUUGAAAGUAGGGUGGAAUACCAUGAUCCCUGCUUGCUGAGCAAGUGGAAUGCUUAUGAGGAUGCAUGUUUACAGUCUGAAUUAGUUGUCUGUGGUUUUCCUUUUAGUGGUUUUUAUGGUCACUUAACAGCAGCACAUCACACUCUUCAGUACCCUCAGGCUGGCCUGCAUGAAGGUCUCCCCUUGUGAACUUGCAGCUGCGUUCACUAGAAAUGCUUGAGCUCAUGUUUUUUUCUUCAUAUAAAGAACCAACUGUUAAGUGCUCAGAAGGCUUCCACCAGCCUUUGUGUAUGAACAGAUAUCUGCAUCUGUGGUUCCUUCUCCCCAGUAAAUCUGCAAAGCACCUGCUCAGACAAGAGCUUUGAGAAGGCUGAUUUAGUUUAUAAAGCAUUUUUUUUUCCUGGAUUGCUAAUGUUUUAGUUAUUCAAGGCUUUAGAUGCUAAGUAAGCCGCACAUGUAAAAUCUAAAAUAAGUGUGGAAGCUUAAUUGAUAGUGUUCUGUUCUCUCACUGUUAAAAUGACUCAUCUUUCUGAGUAAUAAUCUGUCUGGAGAAAACUAAGAAGAUUGAAACAGGGAAAGAAUCUUGGAAGCAGUUUUAGAAUGGGAGUUAGUUUAGGAAAAUGUAGUGCAACUACAAGCAAAUGUAGCAAUAAAAGCUGUAAAAUUGAGUGUAUAAAGGAAACUGCUGAAAUUUUUGGUACCACAGGAGCUGAAUUUUUGCACAAACCGUUUGAGAAGGACAUCCUUGAGGACUCUGUCCCAGCUUGUACUACCCUGUUGAUGUCCCAUGUGUAUUUUGGUAUUCAGUAGCAAUUCUGAUAAUGAUUUGCGUUUGAGGUUUCUAGAAGGCACCUACUGUAAGCGUCAAAAGUCUUGGCAGGUAAGUGCAACAGAAAUAUUGAACUCCAUGGGCUGUGGGAAUUGUUUUAUUCUGUGUUUUACCCUCUUAUCUCUAUAGUGUUAGAGACUGUACAAAUACAUUAUCGUGUUCUGAUACUUAUAAGGUUAAAUGUUAAGAAACAGUGCUCCAACUUUAUGUCAGUAAGGUUUAAUAACUGUUGCAAAUGCCUUCUGAGUAGCAUAAGCUGUAGCACACACAGUGUAUUGAAAUAUGUCUGUGCCGAUUCAUUUUUGGAUAUCUUGAAAGCCAAUGCUGUAUUUAUAUUGUUAAGCUAACUUUUAGUUCCUGUAAACAUCCUACACUCAGCUAUAACAAGUGGUAGGGCUGGGGGGUGGAUGUUUACUUCAACUGACUUGGAAAGGCAGCUUUCCUGAGUGAUCAAGUGACAUUUUGGCAAGAACGGAAUGCUGUAUUUCAGUAGUAUUCAAAUAAACUUAUUGUAAUCUUCUUUCUGCUGUAUUUCCAUAAAUGUCUUAAUGGAUGAUUAUUGUAAAGCAGUCUUUAACUGCUAAAAUGUGUAUCAUUUUGAUUGCAAAUAAACUGUGGUCCUGUAUCUUUGUCUUGAAAGUACAUUCUGCUGUCCUCAGCUCACCUCAGGAUACACUCUUGACAGGAAAAUACCCAGAAUCUAUUACUGAACGUUCAAUUUGCAGCAGCCGUUUCUUAUUUUCGAUCAACUUCUUCAGUGUCAGAGGAAGAAUGGAUAUGUUGGAUUAUGGUAAAUGGAAAUAACAAUAUGAAAUAUUUAAGUGGUAGAACAAUUCUGUUAGGUUUGGUAGCUAGCAAAAUGAGGAACGUCUUGCUUUGAUUUGGAAAACUUGGAUAGAAGAACGUGGAAGGAGAGGAUCUUUAGUUUUCCAUUUAACUCAUUUUACAUUAUGACAUAUGUGAUAGGAUCCCAUUGCUAUUAGUGGUGGAUGUGUUAAAUGAAAUAGAGCUCCAGCAUUUUGAGAAUAGGAAAUACUAUAUGCAGUAUAUAUAUAUAUAUGCAGUAUAUAUAUACAUGCAUUAUAACCACACACUUCUGUGUGUGAGCUUGCAUGGUUUAAAUUUUUUUGUUGUUGUUGUUUAUGAACCAAUGUCACCUGCUCAGUUGGUGCAGAGCUCUGAGUUUUCCAGUUGAGGUGAACCAGGGAGGUCUUAGGGAUGUAAGUUGACUUCUUCAGAAGAGAUGCUGUGACGAAGGGGAAGCUUACCUGCAGGACAAUCUGCAUCUCUUUCUGUCCUAUUAGUCCCAUGGCAUCAGUAACUUCGCUCCAUUGCUAAUGGAGAUGCUUCUUUCCAUCUGGCUGGCAUGACAAGCAGCCGUGCUGAUGUAGCCAUGGCAUAGUGCCGUAGGGUUCGACAGCAAGAAGGAAUCCUCAAAUCAACAUUAUCACCAAUCAUAAGGUGCAAAGACUCCUUUCAGCAGCACCUUUUGUCUGGAAAUAAGAGCUAUUGUGGAGGUAGCAAGUAAGCAGUGUGAGCAGACUGGGUGUGGGUGUGCAGGUGGGGUUUCAGUGGGUUUAAGUGCACUUGAGAUGUAAAAUUCAUGUUACAAAUAGGUACAAACCAGUAGUCUUUGUGGUUUUAUUAGAGGAAAAUCUUUCUGGUGUGAGUAUUAUAGGAGAAAAAUGUUAAACGGUGAAAUUGGUGGACGGCCUGUUCAAAGUUUAACAUUUAAUAUAUGCUUUUUGGAAGUAUUUUGGAUUUGCAGCAGUCUGAAUUCUGUAGUGGUCUGGGAAGCAGCUGAUGUGUAGCUGUUCCUUGGAUAAAUGCAAAAAGUCAGACUUCUAACCUAGAAUACUUCUCAAGGUUCUGUGCUUAACACCACCAAACUUAAAACUUCUGAGGCGUGCUCAUUUUUCAUCCAUCGCAUUGGUGAUUUUUGGACAGAUAAGUCUCAGUCCCAUGGCCCCAGUGAUGGCAUAAAGCAGGGUUGAGUAAAUAGCUGGAAAAGGCCACAGUGUGUAUGAUUUAUACCAGGGUCCGGAAGUUCUGCUUUAGCUAUGGUGGCAAAGGUAAGUUGUGUAGCAUCAGUCAACAAAUUUAUCUCAAAGAACACAGGCACUGUUAAUGUAUUUUUUGUUAUUUGAAAACAUGCAUUUACUCUUGUAUUUAAUUCUUCCUGGUUUUGUUUUCCUGAUGGUAAAAACCCAAACUUACUUCAAUAAAAGUAUGUUGAUAUCGAUUUUUCUUGUCUGUUUUGUUCACUGAAGUUUUGCUUCUAGUAAUUGUGUACUCCUAACCAGCUAUGCCAAUUCUGGCCAGCUUCGUUCAUGUUUUAAAGCUUUUGUGUGUGUGUGUGAAGUUAAUAAAAACUGCUUAAUAUUCCAUGUGAUCCUAUAGUAGUUGAGUGUUAGCAGUGGGAGUCUUAACUCAUGUGGGAGUCUGUUCAGACAGUCUGGGAAUGCGUGCUGUCAGCCCAGUCGUGUAUGUUUAAAGGAGGAGAGCCUGACCCAAGAAAGCAAUGCAUGGGCUCUGCAUUCACCAUGAAGGAAAUGCAGUUCAUGUCAGUUGGGAUCAUUUGUUAUCUGAUAGCAUCUCUUUCUUGAGAGAAAUAAUUUCCUGUAAACAAUAUGGCUUUAUCUAAGGCAUCUGCCAGUUUAAUAAUGUGAAACAUUAUUUUUCCCAACAUUGCACAGGCCUUAUCUCCCUGACAAAGAAAGGGAGGUGGCGACGAUGAAAGAUGCUUUGUGCGCUGAACUCUGUUUACUUAAGGUUGUGGAAAACUUGCUGAAAGUGUGUACUUUGAAUGCAUGACUUCGUGCAGUUUUUAAACCCAUUUUCCCCAGUAUUAAUGACCUAGUAGAACUGACUUGUACUAGGUGGUAUAAAAUAGAUUGUUUUGGAGAUGUCUCGCACUUAGAAUCUAAGGAAUAUGUAACUGGUAAACCUCUCUUAACCUGCAUUCCAGUUCAGAAUUAACAGUCAGUGGAGAUGGUAUAGCUGAAUGUGAUUUCAUGAAAUAGGAUGUUUUUGCACGCUAUCUGAGGUUUUUUUGUAUUCUACUGAACUACACUUGAGCUGUUGUAGGUUGCUUCCUUACUCCUGCUUAGAUUUGCUAAAGCCAAUUCAAGAAAGCAAAAAUUAUACAGAUCUUCUUUACAUGUGCAGCAGCGUUCUCCAGAAAAUUACUUCCAGGCAGGAAGCCUGGGGAAGGAGCAGCUCUAGAAUUUAGAGUUGAACUUUCCAAGAAGACUGCAUGCAGAAUAGCAGUUUGAACUGAAGGGACGCUGCACAGCUGCAUUUGAGAUUUUUUAGCCAGCUGCUCAACUCUUAGUAGCAGUCCUUAAAUUAUGGCUGUGGAGUAAUAACAGAAGCACUGCUUUAGAUGCUAAGUUCAUGCAGGACUGCUUGCCAUUGCACCUGUGUAAAUAAACCAUAUAAUUUAGAGGUUGUGAUGGCUAAUGUCAUCUCUAAUGCAAAUUAACAAGAUUUUAAAAUUAUUUUGGGGAAUGUUCUCGUUUUUUAGGAGUCAAAUAGGUUUAUAUCACAUAUCAGGAAGCGUUCAGAAGAUGCUUAACUUCAGCUGAUGUAACUUCCACAUUUUCAAUAACUGGACAAACUCCUGUUAUCUGUAAGGGAAUUAUGCAUAAAUUGAGUUUAUACAUAACUACCCUACGUAUGCAAAGCUGCUGAAGCCACCUCAGGAGAAUACUGGAGGUUAAACAGAGGGAUGUGGGACAGCUUUCUUUGCCAGUUUCCACGGUACAUAAACACUGUUUAUGGACAGUAAGCACAGGAAGGGGUUAUUCUGUGAACAGUAUUUGAACAUGAAGAGCACAUAGGUCCAGUAGUGCUUGUGAGGUUCUAUAUAAUCAUUUGAUUCUUCUCUAGGGGACAGCUUCUUGCUGAUGGUGCAUCAGUCUGAGUUACACUGCAGAGCUGCCACGGCCCAGGUUUGUUGUAAGAACGCCUUCAUCUCUGAGGGGCUGCACAGCUUCAGGCUGCCCUGACUUACAUAUGAUAUCCUUACUUCCGGAGAUAUUGGGUUAUGAGUGUCAAAAUUACAGAAGUGAAUGGGGGUGAGUAUAUUCAAAUGGUUUUCUGAUUUUCGGGGGUUAUAUAACUGGGUGCUUAAGUAGCUUUGAAAAUAGCAUUUCCAAAGUCAGCACGAAAACACUGUUUUUAUGCUACUGGAACCUUCAUCAUUGGGUGGUAGUGUUCUGAGUUUUCUCAGAGAUAGAAGAAAAUAUUAAGCAAAAAGAAGUAUAGUAAGUACUGCUCCAUCAUUCCUGCUUUUAAACACGUAGGUGUACGCUGUGCCACCAUGCAGACUGGCAGGCUCUGUCUGCACGCUUCUUUUAAACUAUGUUAUGAAAAAAAAAGCCAAAAAUGUCCCCCUCUUUCCCAACCCACCAAGUAAAUGCUCCAUACCCAAAUUUAGACCCUAUAAUUAUUAUUUAGUAAAUCACAGCAACGUAUACAAGCAGCCCGCCUGUGUAACAUCAUCUGUUCACUGCCACUGUUCAAAGCAAACUGCUGUUUGGAGUUGCUCCCAAACAUCUGUUAGAAAAGAACUCAUUAACCUUAGGAGCCUUAAUUAAAGUUUUGUGUCAAGUCUGAUGAAGUUAUUUUCACGUUUGUUUUUUGUUGUUUUUUUUUCAUUGGGGUUAGGUGCUGCUCUGAGACAGCUGCUGUCACACUGAGCAGUACGUAUGGACGCUGCCUCUUUAAUGCCUUACUGUAAGCAGGGUGGGCUGAGGAGCUUUUCACCUGGUUAUUUAUAUUCAUCCUGCUCUGCAGGAACUCCAGCAGCAAUGUGACAUCUCCCACGUACACUUACAUCUAUGGCUCUGGCUCCCUCCUGCUGGAAAACAACGUGAAGUUUUGUGAGGAAUCAGUUCCAUCUUCAUGUGUAAGCUUUGUAACUUAUUUUCACCAAAUCAGUCAGAACUAUUGUCUCACGUCUCUGCAAAGCACUCGGAAGAAGGGACUAACGUGGAUGACAUCAUUAUUCCACUCCAGCCUCUAACAGCACCAACAGACAUAAGCAGAAAUGGAGAAGAGUUUCUUGCAGUGAAGAAGAAAAGGGGCAGACCAAAAGGAUCUACUAAGAAGUUAUGUGUGGAUGAAGAUGUUGCAGAAAAUAACUCUGUUCUGACUGAAGAAGCUCAGCCUGGGACAGAAGAAGGGCCAGAAGCGGCUGAAGUCUUACCAGGCAGCUUGGAAUGUAGGAAAUGCAAUCGGAAGUUCUCUAAUAUGCGUCAGCUGAGGAAACAUAUCUGCAUUAUUGUUUUGAAUGAAGGAGAAGAGGAAGGAGAUGGAGGUAAUGAUUCUGACGUUGACCUUGACAGGAAGGAAGAUGAGCGAGAAAAAACUCCAAAGAGGCCCAGAGUACAGAAAACAGAGAAAACUCCAUCGACUAAGGAGACUGAGCAUGUUCCAGGGGCUAAAAAUCCUAUAAUAAGUGUGGUUUUGACAGCCCAUGAAGCUAUUCCAGGAGCCACAAAAAUUGUUCCAGUUGAGGCUGCUCCCCAAGAAAGUGAACCCAGUACUCCAGAAACAGUGGUUCAAGACCCAUCACAGCGAAGAGGAUAUCAAGAAUAUGCAAUUCAGCAGACUCCAUAUGAGCAGACAAUGAAAUCAAUCAGGUUAGGUCCAACUCAGCUGAAGAUCUUUACAUGUGAAUACUGCAAUAAGGUGUUCAAAUUCAAACACUCCCUCCAAGCACAUUUGAGGAUUCAUACUAAUGAAAAACCAUACAAGUGUUCAUACUGCAAUUAUGCCAGUGCAAUCAAAGCCAACCUUAAUGUUCACUUGCGGAAACAUACAGGGGAGAAAUUUAGCUGUGACUGUUGUACGUUCACAUGUCUCAGCAAAGGCCAUCUCAAAGUCCAUAUUGAAAGAGUUCACAAGAAAAUAAAGCAGCAUUGUCGCUUCUGUAAAAAGAAAUAUUCAGAUGUUAAAAAUUUGAUCAAGCAUAUCAAGGAAACACAUGACCUUCAAGAUAAGAAGGUGAAAGAUGUUUUUGAUGAGCUUUGCUUGAUGACAAGAGAGGGCAAAAGACAACUUCUUUAUGACUGCCAUAUUUGUGAACGCAAAUUUAAAAAUGAACUCGAUCGAGACCGUCACAUGCUUGUCCAUGGUGAUGAAAGGCCCUUUGCUUGUGAGCUCUGUGGUCAUGGAGCAACUAAAUACCAAGCUCUUGAGCUUCAUGUUCGCAAACACCCGUUUGUCUAUGUGUGUUCUGUGUGCCUGAUGAAAUUUGUCAGUUCUGUAAGACUCCGUGCUCACAUCAAAGAAGUACAUGCAGAUUUGCAGGAAACUUCUGUUUUUAAUAGUUCCAUCAAUCAAAGUUUCUGCCUGCUUGAGCCAGGAGGUGAUAUACAGCCAGAAGCACUUGGUGAACAGCUAUCACAAACUGCAGAUGAAUUGACUAUGAUGAGUACUAACGCUGUUACCACACCAUCUACUUGCACAGAUGAAUCGAUAGCUGCAGAUGUGAACCAUAAUGAUCAGCAUAAUGGUGACUUAAAAACUAAUUCUGUUUCUUCCUUAGAAUGUGAAAAUCCUCUGGUAGAGAACGUAGGAGGGACUGUGUGUGAGGCAUCAGCAGAGGCAGCAGUCACAAACAUUCAAUCCUGUGUAAUGUCAGAUUGCUUUCUGCUGAAAAAUGGCACCUCUGCUCCUGAUGAGUUAAAAGAUUCUGCUGCAGAUGGAGAGGAAUCUGAUCACUGCAGUUCUGUAAACGAACGGGGUGAAGAAAUUCAGCUUUUGCUCUCUGAGGAUGCAAGUUUAAAUGUGAGUCAAAACAAUGCAGUGACUGAGGAUCUUUCUGUUUCUGAAGAGAAAAAUCAGUCUUUUCCUUCUAGUGAGUCAGAAACAAGCAAUCCGUCAGUUCAGAACUCAACAGGAACAACUGACCCUUUGCUAGCACCAGAUGCUAAUGCAGCUGUCAGUCCACAGGCAGCCUCUUCUAAUGCAGAUAAAUCAGAUAAUCGGAACGGAGCUGUUGCCUUUAUGCAGAUCUUGGAUAGCUUACAGAAGAGACAAAUGAACACAGAGUUGUGUGAGAGGAUAAGGAAGGUUUAUGGAGAUUUGGAAUGUGAAUACUGUGGCAAGUUAUUUUGGUACCAAGUACAUUAUGACAUGCAUGUUCGUACACACACUCGAGAACAUUUAUAUUAUUGCUCCCAGUGCAGUUACUCUUCCAUCACCAAAAACUGCCUUAAGCGUCAUGUCAUUCAAAAGCACAGCAAUAUUUUGCUGAAAUGUCCUACAGAGCAUUGUGACUACUCUACUCCAGAUAAAUACAAGCUCCAGGCACAUCUUAAAGUUCAUUCUGAGCUGGAUAAAAAGAGUUAUUCAUGUCCUGUGUGCGAGAAGUCAUUUUCUGAAGAUCGACUUAUAAAAUCACACAUCAAGAUAAAUCAUCCUGAGGUUUCGAUGAGUACCAUUUCUGAGAUUCUUGGCAGAAGAGUGCAGUUGAAAGGACUUAUUGGAAAACGAGCUGUGAAAUGUCCCUAUUGUGAUUUUUAUUUUAUGAAGAAUGGGUCAGACCUUCAGCGUCACAUUUGGGCUCAUGAAGGUGUCAAACCCUUCAAAUGUUCUCUCUGUGAGUAUGCCGCUCGCAGCAAGAGUAACUUGAAAGCUCAUAUGAAUCGUCACAGCACUGAGAAAACACACCUUUGUGAUAUGUGUGGGAAAAAGUUCAAAUCAAAAAGCACUUUGAAGAGCCAUAAACUCCUUCAUACUGCUGAUGGAAAGCAGUUUAAAUGUACAGUAUGUGACUAUACAGCUGUUCAGAAGCCACAACUCCUACGUCAUAUGGAACAACAUGUCCCUUUCAAGCCUUUCCGUUGUGCACACUGCCGUUAUUCCUGCAACAUAUCUGGUUCCCUGAAGAGGCAUUACAAAAAAAAGCAUCCUAACGAAGAGUUCGUAAAUGUAGGUUCUGGGGAGCCUGCUGCAGAAGCUCUUAUCCAACAAGGUGGUAUUAAGUGUCCUGUUUGCAGCUUUGUAUAUGGCACAAAAUGGGAAUUCAACAGACAUCUUAAGAACAAGCAUGGAAUGAAGCUUGUGGAACACGAUGGAGAAGCAAAGUGGGAGUUAACUGCUGAAGUUUCUGAAGAAGCAUCUACUCAGUACCUCCAUAUCACAGAGGCUGGAGAAGAUGAUCAAGGUACUCAGGCUGCUGUAGCUGCAUUACAGAACCUUAGAUACACUUCUGAAAAUGGUGAAAGACUUGAUCCAACAGCUGUAAACAUUCUGCAGCAAAUCAUUGAGUUGGGAUCAGAAACCCAUGAUACCACUGCAGUUGCUUCUGUUGUUACCAUGGCACCUGGAACUGUGACAGUAGUAAAGCAGGUAAAAGAAGAGGAGCAAUCAGCCAAUCACACUUUGAUGAUUCAGGAGACUCUGCAGCAGGCCUCAGUGGAGCUGUCUGAACAGCAUCACCUGGUAGUCUCAUCAGAUGAAGUGGAGGGAAUUGAGACAGUGACUGUCUACACACAGGGUGGAGAAGCUUCAGAAUUCAUAGUUUAUGUUCAGGAAGCGAUGCAGUCUGUAGAAGAACAGACUGUGGAACAAUCUGUGCAGGAGCUCUAAAGAAUGGUAUUUAAAUGGGAUGGCUACUUAUUUGCCAAAGCCAAAACUUGUAAUUCUUUUCCUAAUACAACAAAAGCAAGCAAGCAGACAGAUUUUUAAUUUAUUUAUGAGGUAAAACCUUUUUAUAGAUAUGGCUGGUUGGACUGUGUCAGUAACUUUCAGUACAAAACUACCUUGGACUUUCUUUUUCCUGAAAGAAGUUCCUAUUGUGAGAAAAAAAAAUUAUUCUUCUUCAUCUAAGACCUCAUAUCAUUACUUCAAAAUCUUCAAAAUAUUGUUUUCUCAAAUUUGUUAUAUACCACAAUAAAAAAAACAUCCAUCAAAGCAGCAGAUUGUCUAGAAAAGUCCCUCCGUCCCUCCUUAAGUUCGUGCUUGACUUCAAUGGAAACAGGGUUUUUUUGGUGUUUUUUUUUUUUGUUUGUUUGUUUUUGUUUUGUUUUAGGAAGAAUUAGUAGGACUUCUUAUUUCUGAAUAUAUGCUUAGAAUGUGUGUGCAGAUUUGUAGACCUCACUCAUUCAAAGACUCAAGAUUUAGAAAUAUACCACAGGUAGAUUUUAAUUUCUAUUUGUGAGUUGAUUUUUAGGGAGAUAUUUAAAGCCAUAUAUGAUAAUUCUAGGUGCCAAUUAUUUUUGGAUAAUGAUAACUCUUUCCAUCCCACUGAAUAAAGAACUGUUCAGUACUACAUGAUGAAACCAAAUGUUUGUCAACACAAUGUAUUCUGGUUUAAAAAAAAAAAAUCCAAAUUAUUUGUAAAUGCUAUAAAAUAUGUCUGUUCAUAUGUUUUAAAAAGAUGUUUGUAAAUAUGGCUGUGUGAAAGAACUUGUACAAAAAAUAAGUAAAUACUGGCAAAAAUUUAGAUAUUCUUAAUUAUAAGUGUACAUAGUUCCAGACUUUUCUUUGUGAAUUCAAAUUGUUUGAUUCAAUAUUUUUAAACUUGAGUUAUAAAAGUUACUAAUUAAUAAUAAAAUCGUCAUGUUUUCAUUUAAUGCACUAAUUACUUAAGUGUUUACUUCCUUUUCACAGCUAAUUAAAGAAUUUUUUUUUAAUUUUUAUUUUUUUUUGUAUGAUUCUGGCAAAUUAUCUGUCCAGUUAGUAGUUUCUAAUCAGGAAAGUAAUGUAACGAAGUCUUGCAGGAAUUAUCUAUGUAAUUGAACUUAUCUAUGGGCAUUCUGAGUGAAGAAGUAGAGAAAAGCUUUUAAAUACAUUCAUGUAAUGUAUUGAGUUGGUUGCCUAUUUCUUGUAAAUCUGUUUUUUUACACAUCAUACAAAAUUAGAGUGCAAACAAUUUGUGGUAGAUUCUCCCUUGACUCUGGUGGUGUGGUGAUAGGGAAUUUAAAUUUGUUAGUGGAAAACAACUAACCAAAUACCUCAAAAUUAACUCAGGUAAAAAUAAUUCAACUUCAGUGGUUGCUGCAUUUCUUCUGCUUAAAUCUUGAAAGUGUGUAAGAUGUACCAGGGAUGUCAGAUUUGUAGGACA